ACCGCAUUUGAAUUAGUUUGCUAGAGAGUGUGGCCGGGCGAAUUAUAAAGUACGCGCCACUUAAAGUCUAUUAUGAAAUCCUCGUAUCAGUCAAUCGUGUUAUUCGUCGCGAUAUUUAUACAAAAUAGAAAUCUUUUGUCAAGUUUUGCUGCUCCAACACUUGAUAAUGACAUCCUUCACGGCAAGGAUGACGUAGUGAAAUCCUUUCGUGAGAAAUAUGCAUCGCGCAUGAAAUCUUACAUGAACACCUCGGUAAAUCCUUGUGAUGAUUUUUACGAAUAUGCAUGCGGUAAUUUUCCAAAUGCUAUCGAAAAAAUCGAAACUGUCCGAAAACGGAGUAACCUUUUAGAUAUUCGGUAUGCCUUGAACGAUUUAGUGGAUAUAAGUCUUCAAAAACACAGGAAUCCUGAUGAAAAAUUCGCCGGAGAACUUGAAAAAGCAAAACAACUUUUUGACUCAUGUGUGAAAGCAUCGCUUUGGCCUGUCGAACCGAAAGAAGAGUUUUUAGCAGUCAUCAGAAAGAUCGGCGGAUUUCCUGCUAUUGAUCCUACCUGGAAUGCAUCGGCCUUUGACUGGUUUAACAUGACUGCUCAUCUUAGUCGAUAUGGCAUCGAUGGAUUGGUCAAGGAAGAAAUCUACCUAAAGCAUCCAUUCCCCCCGUAUUUUGAGCUUCCCAAGUUCGGAUUUGACUUUGAUGUCUAUCUCGAAAAUAUCGCCACAAAGGAUGCCCCGGGACACGUCUACAGUGAAAGUAUAAUGAGGGAGCUUUUAAGUAUUUACGGGGUAUCAGGUGCCAAUGCCGACAAAGUUAUCGAAGAUGUUAUCGAAUUUUGGCGGGAAGCUCUUCUGGCUGAAAAAAGAAAAGACAGCUAUGGACAUUGUGAAUUUUUGUCCCUUAUUGACGACACAGCAGAAUUCACCAAAUGGAAUACGUUCUUUGAAAUCGCCUGGGAGGGAACUCAAUUCCAGCCAUCCGAUUAUAGUGAAUGUCCGUGCGAUUGGUAUUAUCACAAGUUGGACAAAAUUAUUGCUAAACGUCCUGAAGCGGCUGCCAACUACAUGGCCUUGAAAUUUCUAUUCAACAUGCAUCCCCAAGUAAAAUCAUCGAGUUUCCAACGAACUCAUUGCUUGAGUUAUGUUAAAAAGGCUUUUCCAAUGGUUUUGUCCCAUUUUUACCUCAAGGAACACUACGACAAAGCUGUUGAAGAUGACAUAAAUGAGAUUAUCUCUGAGAUCAAACACAGCAUGAGGAAUAUUAUGGACACAGCUGAUUGGCUGGAUGAUGCAACAAGACAGGAAGCUUUGGAGAAAAUUCGUACUCUUCGAACACGGAUUGGGGAAGUUAAAGAUCCCAGUACGGACAUUUAUAUCAACGAGAUCAAUAAGCUUAAUUUGACGGAUAAUUUUGCAGCGAAUGUUCUAGAAAUGGCCAAGUUUAGACUUGACCUGCGUCACUAUGGUUAUUUGCAUUCGGAUCUUCCCGAAAGUACAACUCCAAUUGAACUUCUCGAUGUGCUUCAAGUGAAUGCCUUCUAUUACGUUCUUGAUAACAGUAUAAAUGUAAUGGCUGGUAUUUUACAUCCUCCAGUUUACCAUCCACAUCUUCCAAAGUCCCUGAAUUAUGGAAGUCUUGGAUAUAUUCUUGGACAUGAAUUGACUCAUGGUUUUGACAAUGUCGGUUCGAAUUUCGAUUCUAAUCUAACUCAACGAAAUUGGUGGACAGAAAAGUCUAGAAAAGUGUUUGAAGAACAUUUAAAUUGUUUUGCUUCACACUACAGUGAAUAUACAGUUCCUGAAUUAAAGCGGAAGUUGAAUGGAACCACAUCGCAAGAUGAAAAUAUUGCUGACAGUGGUGGUUUGAGGGAAGCUUUAGCUGCCUAUCGUCGAGUCUUUAAGAAUGCUGUUAAAAAUAAAGUUCCAGAUUUUGAGAAAAACGAAUCUCUCCCUGGGUUGGAUAUGACCCCUGAUCAAACGUUCUUCCUUAGUUUCGCUCAAAUCUAUUGUUCCAAAUAUGAUUUGAAGCAUUAUUGGGUUGAAAUAUCUGAUGACCAUCCAUUGGAUAAGUACAGAGUUCUGGGUUCAUUGCAGAACUUUGAGGAGUUUCCUCUUGUCUUCAAUUGUCCAUUGGGCAGUCCAAUGAAUCCGAAUGAAAAGUGCCGCCUGUGGUAGGCUCUUGUUGUGUGUCUUUUGUGUACAAAAAAAAAAAUAAAGUUAAUUCUAUGUAAUCUACUAUUAAGCCAUCAGUAAAUAAAAAUUUGUUUUUUACUAAAGUA